AUGAAUGAUAAUGAUCGGAUUAAUGGUCCUAAUAAGUCAAAAAGAAAAAGUGCCAAUGCAAACACUCCACGAACUAGAGGUGGUUGUCUCAGUUGCAAAAAACUACGAAUAAAAUGUGAUAGAUCUAAACCAAAGUGUGAGUAUUGUAGUCACACUCGUCGAAAUUGUAUAUAUCCAAUCCCAGAUUUCAUAGAUUCACAGUACACCCAAAUAUUAGAGCAUGAACCACAAGAAUCAAAGUUAACAUAUACCAAGUCUACAGAUCUCACCAGAGUCAGAGUCAACAAUAGAGUCCAGAGCUACCAAAGUGACUUUCAUGAUCAAUAUAUUCUUAAUAAAGCUACGAGUCAAUUAGGAAUAUCCAAAUUUGAACUCCGAUUAUUGGACUUUUUCAAUAAUUAUUGUAUUUAUGGGUUUUCAUAUGAACCCAAUGAUAGAAUUCAUUUAAUUUGGAAGAAUAUUAUACCACCAUUGAUGACUCAAAGUGAGUUGAUUAGAAAUAGUAUUUAUGCUUAUGCUUGUUUGAAUUUGUUUCCCUUGUGUGAUGAUCUAAUUAGAGCACGUACGGAUGAUGAUUCUGAAAGUGAGUUAAAAUUUGGUGCAACCAACGGUACAAUAUCAUUUCCAAAUAAUAAGAAACAAAAUUUGUUAGUGGAUUCUGGAGAUUUGUUAAUUAGAACCGCUAAUUAUUUCACAAAUACAAUUUCAGGUAAGCAGAGAUUGGUUGAUAAGUUUCAAAACACUAAAAAUGAGGAUGAUUACUCUGAAUUGGCCAGUGAAUUCAUGAUUUCAAGUAUUAUGAUAUUUUCAUUUUUAGCUACUCAUCAUCAUAAACUAAUGCCAUUAGUCAGUUUUGAUAAAUCAGAGUCGGAUCUUAUAUCUGUUUGUCUCGGUAUUAGAAACGUAAUAUCAACAUUUGGCUUAAUAAUACAGUAUAGCGUGUUUAACAGAAUCUUCAUAUUUGAACUUGAACUCAAAAUACCCAGUGUUAAAGAAAGUGAUAUUCCAAUUAUUAUUAGAUUACGACAAGAUUUAGAAUCUGAAUACGAAAGUAAAGAUUUAUCAACAAGUAUCUCAAAUGAAUAUAAUAAUUUAUAUCAAAUUCUUGAAACAUUGCAAAUAUCGAUUUUUAAAUCGAUAGCAUACUCAUAUCCAGUUCCAUUAUAUCGUUGGAUUCUAUUAUUAACUAAUGAAUACCUUGAAUUGGUUUAUGAUAAAUGUCCUUUUGCAUUAAGAUUGUUAUAUGUAUUUUCGAGUUUAUCAACAUUAUCAAAAUUGCAAGUAUAUGAUGAUUCAAAUAUAUGGAUAGAUUAUAUGAAUUGGUAUAGAAUGUUUAAUUAUGAACAUUACGAUGGUUGGAGAUUCAGAAUGGAUGAAUCACUUUAUGAUAUAGUCUUUAAUAGACGGUUUAAAUUUGUAAAGGAUUUUUCUAAUUUACAAACUUUUGAUCCAGAGGUUUUAGACGUGGUUAUAUAG